AUGCACUUCAACUCUUUCAUAAGCUUAACCCUCCUUUGUGGCAUUGCCUCUGCUUCUUCCGAUUUUUUCAAGCUCAAAUUCCAAAAUGGCCCUGCUAUCAAUGUAAACGCCCCAAAACACAUUAUAAUCGAAUCUGAAUCGUUAAUGUACUUAGUUUAUUCGCAGAACACGACCGGGAGAAUUUUGCAAGACGGAAAAUACCAGAUCCAAACCGAUUCGGGAUUGGAGUAUGUCACCAUCGAUGACUCCGGGGACAAAGCCGGUCUUUCACCCGCAUUUAUCGCGAUCAUCCUGGGUAACGAGACUGAAGGGUCGAAGGGGUUUUCCAUCACCAACGAAGGGUUCUUGUCCUACAACGGGAUCAGUCUCUGGGAUAUUUGCCAAAAGCAGAACGUCGGUCCAAACUUAAAUGAAUGCACUCCAGCACUGUUAGGGAUCAACCUUGUCGCAGGAAAUGUGGUGAGUGGUCAACCUAUCGGUGCGUAUGACCCCCACACAUACGAUCCCUCAAACAAUGAUACCUAUCCCUUCAACACCACUGAAACAUUAAACAUUGCUAGAACUGCUGUUGAUUCCUUGUUCACCUUGGCUACCUUAGAUGAACCUUUAAUAAUCGGCCAGGUAAAAUAUCCCACGACGCUCUUGAGCGUCACGCGUGACUAA